AUGUGCCAGAAGGUCUUCUAUACCUAUGCGUGCCAGCACGUUGAGUGCGUCACCUAUGACUGCAGCAAGAGUCGUGGUACCACAAGGUCUGGCUGCAUGAAGCGUGAACCAUCCGAGCACACCAAUCUCAAGGAUCAGAUCUGCCACGACUGCAACGAGAUAAUCCGAAGCAUAAGGCAGAAUCGCCAUGACAAUCACCCCGACGGCAGAGGUCGAUCGAGACACUGGGAGCAUCGGAUUCGCCAUUACGAGCACCUCAUGGACCGUGCUCAGACAAUCUUGGAUCAACAGCAGGCUUCCCAGGCUGAACAGAGGCAACAGUCGCAGCAGCCACAAACCCGCCCAGACCAGCAGUCUAUCUCGCCCAGUGGCAAGACCAUUCGCCCUCUGGAAUCGAACAAGUUGUCCAACAUAAAGCGCGAUGAAACCUUUGGCCUUGUCCCCAACACGCUAUACCAGCUCCAUGUGGCCCAGGACGCCUGGUUUGCGAUUCAGCGCAACCGAGAUGACCUUUGA